CAUAUCUAACUACGUUGUAAACAAUCGUAAAUAGCAUAUUGGUGAUCAGUGAUAAUCCCUGUUAGUUAUAAUAUACAUUAAAGAAAAACUUUGAUUUAUUUAGUUUUAUUGGUCACUAGAAGUAUGGAUAUUUCCGUACAGAAGUGUGGCGAGGUUACCGCUUCCUUCACAGAGGGAAAAAGGGAGUAUUUCCUCAAUUGCAUGUUUUGCGACAGAAUGUUUUUAACUUUAGAUAAAUUCGGUAAACAUGUAGAGUACGUACAUUUGGAUUUGUCAGACGGAUAUGAUUUGGAAUUAUUAGGGGAUUAUAAAAUAAGUGAAGAAACAAAUGCUUCGAUGGACGAUGAUGAGGUAGAGAAAAAUGUUUUUAUCAAUAUAGAAGUUCUGGGUGAUUCAAAAGGGAAAGCCAAAGAUAUAGAACAAAUAAUUGAAGUCAAUGGCAAUGAAGAUGUCACAGACUUAUUCGAAUUGAGUGAAAAUCAGGUAAACUGCAAACAUGAAGAAAACUAUAACGAUAUGUACGAAGAAACUGACCAGGAGUUAAGUGAUACAGAAAAAGACUCGCGGAGCGACCCCUUGAAAAUGUUUGAUAAGGAAACCAUGAAGACGAUAUUUUCAAAUUUUGAAAAUCAUUCCAUAUUGUGGGACAGGGAAGAUCCAACAUCUAAAAACAUUCAUUUACGUUCGAUUGCAUAUAAAAGUUUGGCAUCAGAUGUAGGAAAGCUUAACCAGUGGAAGAAAGUGAGAGAUUUGAUCCGAAAACUUAACCGCCGGCUUAGAAUUGAGCUGGAGAGAAAAAAAGAUUCCAUGGCGUUGGAUGAGGGCUACACUCCAUCGUGGUUAAAGGAUAUGGACUCUUUUCUCAGAAUUAGGAAAGAGAACAAGAAAAUCGUCGCACCUCCAAGUAUACUUACAGAACCACAACGAAAAGUAUUUAUAAAAUGCUAUAAAGGAUUUACGUGCCUUUGGAAUGAAAUUGAUAUUGAUUAUCGAUUACCAAACAAACGAGAAGAAGCAAUGAUUGAAAUGGAAAAUUUGUUGCAAAAUCAUGAUAUUUUUCUAACCCAAUUGGAAAUAGAGCAAGAAAUUGCUCGAAUGAGGAAAAUUUGUUGGCAAGAGAAAAAAAGAAAGCUUAGCUGCGAAGAAUUAAAUAAUAUAUACGUACCCAAUUAUGCCACCUAUGAACAAAUCCGGUUUCUUGAAACAGAUGUUGGACCAUUUAGGUGUGAUAUAUGUAAUGAUAUCCUUCCUGGACUCAAUAAAUUCAAAAUGCAUAAAUCCAAGCAUGAUGGAAUAAAACCUUUCACCUGUCCUCUAUGCGGUAAUAGCUUUACGACUGUACAUAGCUUAAAUAUACAUAUAAAUCGACAUACAGGAGAUUACAAAUAUAUGUGUAAAUAUUGUGAGAAAAGUUUUCCUGCCUUAUCAGAGCUAAAUGUUCAUGAACGUAGUCAUACCGGCGAAAGGCCAUACUUUUGUGAUCAAUGCGGAAAAACAUUUCGCGUAUGGGUAUAUUAUGAUUCACAUAUAAGACGCCAUCAGAACCGACCGGGAUAUAAAUGCAACAUUUGCUCGAAAGAUUUCUUUGGCGCCCAUCAUUUAAAUGAGCACAUGAGUAUUCAUCGCAAAGAACGAGAUCAAGUGUGUAAUGUAUGUGGGAAGGCUUUUAAAAUGGCAAAAUACCUGAGGCAACACAAACAAAUUCAUUCUGUUAAUAAAAGAUACAUUUGCAAAAUUUGUGAUAAAGCCUUUGCGCAAUAUGCUGGCCUCAGCGGACAUAUGAAAACUCAUGGCACCACACUUGUAGGUCAUAAUAACAGAAUUUACACAGCUGAAGAUGAUAGCAAUGAAAUUUUAUAGUAGGUGGUAUUGGAAGUCCAAAUAUUAUACAUUAUAAGAUAUUUUAAGAAGUAUAAUAAAAGUAUUUAAAACCAGA